CUAUGAGUAGCCUAUAAAUUCCUUUUCUCCUUCUGUACAAAUACAAAAUCAGAAUGGCUGAUGAUUCAGGAAGAAAGUACGAUCCAAACGUAGUCAUCAGAUUGGCUAACGAAAAACUUGCCGCGAAUGACGUUGAAGGCGGACAGCUUGUAUUCCAGUCAGCCUUGUUGGAUUGGGUGGACGAUGCCCGGGAAGGCUCGGCUUCGCUUGACUCGGAAAGCUUGCGUGAAGCAGUCGGGACUCUCUGGUUGGCCUAUGCACAUUAUUUGACUGAAGCCAACCAGUUCAAGUCCGCGAGCGAAGCAUACGAUCAAGCCAUAUCCUGUCCGGUAGCCGGAAGUCUGGGGCGUAUCUAUUUGGAUUUCGCUCGCUUUGCCGAAGACCGGCAAAGGUUGAAGAAAGCACAGGAUAUCUACAUGAAAGCAUUAGUAGGAAAAGACGGUCAAGCAAGUGCUGUUACUGAUGAGCAGGACCGUCAUUUAUUGUGGCAGGAAUUUUUGGAGAUGAUGCGAAAGUCCAACCCGCAAUUGACACUGUUGGAUCUUCAGCAAGCAGCGGAGAGUGAGCGUCAGGUACAGUCGUUGAUUACAACAGACGCACCUGAAACAGAUCCGUCUGCUGAUCUCUACGACAUAGAUCCUUCGCUGCAAAUGACCUCUCUGCAUGAGCCUUUAUCGAAACGACUGAAAACAGGAUAUGAUGCGGGAGAUGGCCUACAGAUGCCACCAUCAACACAAAUUUUGCAGUCUUCUAAAACUCAUGUCGUUACAGCCGAGUCUAUGGAAACAGAAGCUUCCGCUUUGGUAGAUACUUUGCAACAAACUGCCCUACCGCCAGAUAUCACUGCUGCUUGGAUGAUUAAAGACGGCAACGGUCCCGCUGUACCUCCUACCCCGCCUCUCUUCGAUCCCUCGCCGCCAAAGCUUUCCGAUCCGACAGGAAAGGACAUACUGGGACUAGAAAUGGCUGUUAAGCUAAACAGACGUCUCUUGGAAAGCUCGGGGAGCUUGCUUCUUGAGGUCAGUCGGGCACUCUGGACCUUGACAGCUCUUAAAGAGAAAGAAUGCAAGACGUCCUUGGACACACUGGAUGAAGACAUGCUCAAGGAGCACGAACGUCUUGAGGCAAGCUUGGAUGCUCGUGUUUCCGUCGCGGGUGCCGCCUUGUCUGCUGUCCAGCAAAUGAACAGUAACGAACGCAACAAUUUUCAAGUCACUUGCAGCCAACGUCGUCAAAACGCUUUGUCAGCCAGUGCAUGGGAGUUUCGGCAAUUGCUAUGUCUGCAGCAGCAGGUUUUGAGCAAAUUGCGAAUACCGGGCUUUGAUGGGCCCACUGUGGAUGCAUCGGCUCUGAAAUUGCAAUCGCAAAUCUGCAUGUAUUUACAUUCAGCGUUCUACUUGCGGAAACGAAUUGGGGACGCCCCGCAUGUGAGCAUGCUUGAGAAGCAGGCGAUUCGUCUGGACAAGGAACUCGAGCAAAUGCUACAGGAAGAGCAGCACCAUCAAGAUCAACAGUUCGGUGGUGGCUCAAAUUUGCCGCUCCCUCCACCACCGCCUCCCCAAACCGGAAACGCCUAUGAUUAUUCGUAUCAGCAGCAACCGAUGGCAGGCCUGCCUCCGCCACCACAGCAACAGCAACAAGGGUACAUAUAUCCUGGGCAGCCCGUUCAAGGUCAAGCAUUGCCGCAGCAUUUGCAUCAGUAUGGAAAUCAACCACACUAUCCGUCUUACUAUCAGUAA